UAAGAAGGCCAUCCUGUGUAUGUUGUUGGGAGGAGUGGAGAAGGUUCUGGAGAAUGGGUCACGCAUCAGAGGAGACAUCAAUGUACUGCUCAUAGGUGAGCAUCGUCUGGAGGCUGGGGCGAUGGUUCUGGGGGACAGGGGUGUGGUCUGUAUCGAUGAGUUUGACAAGAUGUCCGACAUGGACCGUACAGCCAUCCACGAGGUGAUGGAGCAGGGCCGGUGUCCAUGCCAGGCUCAACGCCCGCUGCUCCGUGCUGGCGGCUGCCAACCCCGUCUACGAGAGAAGAUAGUGAGUAAAAAGUUUAUGAGGAAGUACAUCCACAUUGCCAAGGUGUUGACCCCCAUGCUGACCCAGGAAGCGGCCAAUCACAUCGCUGAAGAAAACUCCAGGCUGAGAAGCCAGGAACAGCUGGGCUCCGACAUCGCCAGAAACAGCCUGAAUUCUUCGAGGCAUGGAUUCUACAGGUCGGAAGCGUUCUACAGGGAUGUUGGUCCAUGCUGACGCGACGGCACCAAACAGGAGCUGCAGAUUGGACGAUGCUACACCACCGUCACCAGCCUGUACCGUUGACACCAGGCAGGAUGGGGCCAUGGACUCAUGCUGUUUACGCCAAAUCCUGACUCUGCCAUCAGCAUGACGCAACAGGAACCAGGAUACGUUGGACCAGGCAAUGUUUUUCCUUUCCUCAGUUGUCCAGUGUUGGUGAUGGCGUUGCCCGAUAGAGCCGCUUCUGGUUUUUGGCUGAUAGGAUUGAAACCCAGUGUGGUCGUCUGCUGCAAUAACCCAUCCCUGACAAGGACCGACGAGUUGUGUGUCCCGAGAUGCCGUUCUCUACACCACUGUUGUACCGUGCUGUUAUUUGUCUGUUAUUUGUCUGUUAUUUGUCUGUUAUUUGUCUGUUAUUUGUCUGUUAUUUGUCUGUUAUUUGUCUGUUAUUUGUCUGUUAUUUGCUGUUAUUUGUCUGUUUGUGGCCCGCCUGUUAGCUUUCAUGAUUCUUGCCAUUCUCCUUGGACCUCUGUCAUCAACGAGCUGUUU